CCCUCGCGGCGGCGGGGAAUGAAUGCACUGGCCGAAUUCGCCUAUAUAGGAUGUCUGGGCGAUAUACACUAGUAACAGUGAUGAGCGAACCCAACUAUGACUAUGUUAGCGACUGCUACCUAUGAUGGCCUUUUCCAACAGUCUAAUACAACGCCGCCUACGAUCUCAACUCGGAACGGCAGCUCUACUCGCGCCCGUGACUCUAGUUGGCCAGUCCAUGUGGCCGUGCGCUCCAUGGUUCUUGCGAUGUCCCGAAAAUCCCAGAGGCCGUUCGUCGGCAUCACGGCUGGAACGGCAUCGACGGGGAAGACAAACAGCCACAUCAUACGUAUCGCUCUGAUAUCAGAUUUAUCGCCGACAGCUUCCAGGUCAGGCGGCUUGAGUCCAUGAUUUAGCUUCAUCCCACGGUCCACCUGUUCAUGG